AUGGCGACGAAGCUCAGCCGACCAAUGAGCGCCUCGGACGCGGCCUAUAUAAGGCAGCGGGCGCCGGCGGCGGCCUCUCUCUUCCGGCGUCGGGCAGCGAUGGCGAAGGACUCGAACGACGCAGGUCAAGGGAAGGCGCCCAGGAUGAGCAAGCGUGUGCUGCGGCAGGCCGAGCAGGUCGGGCGGCAGAUCGACGAGAAGAGGGAGGCCGUGAAGGAGGCGGUGGAGGAGCUGGAGGCCAAGGCGCGGAGGCUGCGCGAGCUGGCGGCGUCGCUGAAGCCCGCCGCCAAGAGGGCGGUGGGCCGCCUGCGGCAGCGCGGCGCCUCCGCCUCCGGGGCGGCGGCGAGCCCCCUGCGGCCCGCCGUCGCGCGGCGCCGCGCCAGGAGGGAGUCGUUCAAGCUGCACCUGUCGCGGCUGGCGAAGGACGUGGACCCCGCCUUCGGCGUGACGCGCGGCGGCCUCGACGCGCUGGACGGCGUGACCUGCGAGCUGCUGGAGCGGCUGGCGGGCGGCGCCGCCGGCCUGACGAAGGUGGGGCGGCGGGUGACGCUGGGCGAGCGCGACGCCGAGGCGGCCGUGCGGCUGCUGCUGCGCGGGCGGCUGCGGCGGGAGGGCGAGCGCGCCGCCCGCGCCGCCGUCGGGCGCUUCAGGGCGUGGCGCUGA